AUGCUUUUUUAUAGUUUUCAAGGAAACUAUGAAGGAAUUCAAGCUAUUUCUACUUCUAGUUGGGAAAUCUAAAUUGAAAUGAGAUGUCUUUUAUUGCCAUGGAACUUAAAUGUAGAAUAAAGCUAGUUAAUUUUUAAUUAUGAAGAAGACCAACUGGUAACUACUUAUGUUGGGGGAACUAGUUUGCAGGACCUAACAUCAAACUAGUUUACAAAAUAAAUGAGAAUAUUUCAGCAGAGACUAGUUCUUCCUUAUUAAUCAAUUAUUGAUUAUAAUAUAGGCGUAGUAGUAUUUUUAGAUAAUGAUUUCAUCAAUGUUGUUAAUUACUAUUCCUUUGAGUUGAUUAAAUUUAUUCAAUUUGUCUCAAACCUUAGUAAAAUAAAAGCAGAUUUGAAAUACGAUCAAAGUAGCUAUAAUUUAUAUGUAACAAGCAGUGGAAACAAUAUGGUUUAGCAUACUGUUGUAAACUUAAAAACAAUGUCGGUAGCAUAAUACAAUGCCUCAUUAAAUUUAUAGUCUAGUUGCAUUAGUUAAGAGUACUUUCCUGAAAGAAAUGUAGUUAUGUGUUUUAGUUUUUCGAGCAUUACCCUUUAUGAUAUUGAUUUAGCGUAGUAGUAGCUAACAGUUAAAGUAAGUUAAAAUCUGAAUGAUUUUACAGUAAUAAAGGCAUAAGAUUAAGAUGUCUUGCUACUGCUGAAUGGAUUUGGGUAGCAAACUACAGUUGCAAAGUAUAAUUCAACCACAUUAGAGUUAAUUGAUAAAUAAUUCAUUACAGUUAGAGGAAUUACUAAUAUGUAUUUAUUAUCAUAGCAAAAGCUUGUAAUUAUUUUAACAACAUUUAACCCAGCUUUUAUUUUUGAUAUAAAUGCUUAGUAGAGUAUAAUUACUUGCUACUUUUAUGAUUCACAAAGUUAGUUAAUAUUUUUUGGAUACUUGCAAGGAGAUAUUUUAUAUGGUUCUUACAAUGAUCUCUCUAAAUACAAUUUAAUUAAAUCUAAUUUAUAAUUACUUCAAAUUUACUUCAAUGCACCGAGCUAAUUGGUAUAUGCAUAAUAAUAAGUCACUGCAGACCAACCUGAUGAGAUCAUUAUGCUUAAAAUAAAUCAAUAAUAAGAAUUUGAUUAUUAAUAUUAAGUACUAUUUUAAAUGGAAAUAAAUUCUAUGUUUUAACACAGUUUAAUUUUUGCCUCUUCUCGUUUAAAUAUCCUUAAAUACCUGAGUAAUCAAUUACAGUUAAAAGAGAAAAUUGUGUUGGUUCUUUUGAUUAUGGAUUUGACGUUAAUUCAAGUAUGA